AAAAUUAAUAGUAUACUUAAACUUGCGCGAGAUAAUAGUUGGAAAACAUCAUUAUCUUUCUAUUUUUACUUCAAUAACAAUAAUUUAUGCUAAUGAGGUAGCAAGUGCGCUUUAUUUUCUGUGACGUCAUUAAUUAGUGUCUAAAUAUAUCGUAUUGUAGGGGGUACAUGUAUAAUCUGAAAUAACAAAUAUAAAACUCAAUAAAAGAUGAAAUGGAGGAUGUAAAAGUGAGGAAAUUUGGGCCUACGUGUGGAAAACAUGGCUCCAGUACCUUUUUUAAAGCAUUUAAAUACAAAAAGGAUGGGAAAAGUAAAAUUAUUAGUCUGGGACAGUUUUUCUUUAUGAAGAUACUUGACUCCAUCCCGAUUUGCAUAGCCGAACUCCAGCUUGUAUGGGAAGAAAAACACUCGUCCUCAGAUUUAGCGAGUGUGAGACUAUAUUUUCUACCAGAAUGUACCCCCGAUGGUCGACAACCCAACCACGGAGAGGAUGAAGUCCUUGCCUACUAUGAAAAGAUUGUGCUGAAGCUGAGUGACCUAGCCUCGUUGAUCGUCCAUGAUGUGUCAUGGAGCGAGGGUCGUGCGGCUUUUAUGGGCUUGGACUAUCCAAUGCAGCCAGGUCACAAGGAGCUGGCUGAGGCGUUUGGGAUGAACAGUUUUGGGCUUGAUAAUCGUGACAUUGAGAAAGAAAAAAUCGCAACAGAGGGCAAGCAGCCGAUAGACUCAGACUGUUCCCCGGACAUCAUCGUCAUGACGUAUUCCCGCUACUGCCGAUACCGCUGCAUGCUGAAACGUCUCGAAGGCUGCGAGGAUAAGUGGCUAAAAAAUGCCCUCGUGUGCGCGAUCGGGGGGUUUGCUGCGCAAAAGGAGAACAACCGGGUGUACUUCUGCAAAGACAUCUUUGAACAUGCAGACCUGGAUGAUUUUGAACUCAGAUGUGACCACUUAGCCCCCAACCUGAAGGGCCGCCCCAGGGGUCGCCGUAAGAGUUCUGUACGUCGUGAGGGGGGAGGAGAAUCAGAAGAAGAGAAUAGCAGUUGUUCUUCGAGCUUCUCCUCAAAUAUGGACACAGCUAACAAGAUACGGACUGGUUCCCGAGCCACACCUUUGCGGAAUGGUUUCCGUAUUGACAAGAUCAAGGUCAGCAAAGAUGAACAGGCAUUCUUAAUCGACCUGCACCAGUUUAUGAAGAGACGGAACACCGCGAUUGGUCGGAUACCCAGUCUUGGCUUCAAGCAAAUUGAUCUGUUCCAGUUCUACAGCCUCGCUGAGGACAUUGGGGGUUAUGAACAGAUCUCAAACAAGCGCAUGUGGAAACAUUUGUAUGACAAACUGGGUGGUAACCCAGGCUUUACGAGUGCAGCAACUUGCACACGUCGCCACUACGAAAAGCUACUGUUGCCAUAUGAGAGGUAUAGGAAUGAGAUAGAGGGUAGAACACUUGCUCCAGUGAAGAGGAAGAAACUGAAGCCAGACAUAUUGGCAGGGGCACAUAGAUACGACAUCAUGGGAGAUAACUCAAGGAUGGAGAAAAAGGCGUUGAAUAUUGCACCAGCGCCAUCACUGAAAGACAUGAAGGCAGGUCAUACAGGACAAAAAAUGUCAGCAGACGCCAUCUCUAUUCUCUCUAAAGCAGGUCACACAGGACACAAGUUGUUUGCAGACGAUAUCUCUAAGCUCUCUGACAGGGCUCUCAUCAUUAAACAGGAAAUUGAGAAAAUGAAAAUGAGAAAGGACGCUAAGAAACAAGCCAGCCAGCUUGAAAAUAAUGCAAAGAAAUUCGCAGAAAAAACUCCACCUAUGUCAGAAAGCUCUACAACAGUGUCCAAUAAAUCUGUAGUUUCCACUUCAUCCUCAAUUGAUAAUGUGACUGUUUUAGAGGCACCCACUAUUUCAACUAGCAAUACCCCAAUAAGCAUUAAAGAGGUCAAGGUCGUUGUUAAUAAUAUAAGCUGUACUACACCAGUAAUACAUGUAAGCAGUAAAGUUGAAACGAAGGAUACAGGUUCAGCAUUAAAUGAAGCUAGUAAUAACGUCCUCCCAGAUCAGCAGAGGAAGAAACUUCAAGAAAAGGGGAGGAAACCAUUCACAGCCCAGAAAACAGUGAGAGAACUCUUACACCAGAAUGGAAUUGAACCUAAGGACACAAAUACCUCAAGGUUGGACAUGGAACACAAAGAAAAUAAACUUAGAGCAAGCAACAAUGUCCCUGAGAGAAGGAUCUUAGAAUCGAAUACUUCUAACAUUGGUGUUAAGAGUGAGCCAAGCAGUGGAGUGGCAAAUAAUGUCUUCUCUACUUCAUCCUCAUUUCAGUCAGACAUAAAGCCCCUCCCGGCAACGUUAUUGCCUGUCCCAAACCAGGCACGCCCAAUGUUUUACCCCCAGAUUUUACCAGUGGGUGGGGCAAUGUCACCCAUGGGAAUGCCGUUCAUGAUUCCAUCAUUUAAUUAUCAGCCAAUCAGUGCUUCCAUACAGUCUCUGCCUGCAAAUGUAAGAAAUCCUGUUAGCAUCAAAGAGGAACAGCCACUGACUGCGUUAAACAAAAUGGCCGCCAGUGCUAGCCAUAAUAGUUCAGUAAGUUCAGGGAAGAGUGCAAUGUCUAAUACCGUCAGCCGACCCAUGAUUUCACCGCCAUCUGCUCACACAUUCAGCGUCAAGACAUCAUCGAGUGCUCUAAGCCCAUUUCCCCAACGACCAAUCACACCAGCUCAUACAAACAACAACAAAAGACAAUAUCCUCCUUCUGAUUCAAACAAAAACUUUUCUCAUCCAAUGGGUAAUUCCAGUUCAGUGCUUGGACAUGAAAGUGAUGUAAAACGUCAAAAAUUGCAUGGAUCUCAAAGCAACAUUUAUUCAUCUCCUUCAUCUUCAGGCAAUCUUGAUGCACCGGUUCUUGACCUUAGCAUGAAGACAAUGAAAGCUCAAGAAGCUAAACAUCACAGAGGGGAAUCUUUGUUAUUUGACGCAAGUUUCACUCGAGAAGGGAACUUUAUUCCCAAAUCUGAACCAUAUGAUGCUCCCCAAGAUCUCUCAAAGAAAUCUCAAUUUAACCCAAUGGAGAAUGUAGGGGAAAGAAAUUUAUCUUGCCACAAGAAUGUUCCUUUAAAUGUGCCACAUCCCCACUCUAUGCCAUACAUCAAAAAAGAAGAACCAUCUCCAGUUAACCCUGAGACAUCAGAAUCCAUGACACCCCAGAUCGGCAGCAAACUGUUCCCAGGCAUGACCAGCAUGGCCGGCCUACCUAUGGAUCCUUCGGCCAUGUUUCACCCGGCGUUCCCGCAACAAAUGCUCAUGGGGGGGCUGGGCUUGCCGGGGAUGAGUGGAGGAAUCCCAGGGAUGGGAGGACUGUUCCCCACCCCCCUCCAGCUUCAACAGAUGAUACAGGGUCAAGUUGCGGGCAUGGGAGGCUUUCCAUUUUUGCGCCCAGAUUUUCUACAAGGCCCCGUUAUGUUUCCGGGGAUGAAUCCUGGAAUGUUUACGUCUGUUGCGCCCUCUGUUAUUAAGUCAAAUCCCAGUGGAUCAACAGCUGGCAAAAGAUAGAUUUGAAUGGAUUCUGUGGAUUAUUUCACUUAUAAUAAUAUUAUUUCAGUGUUUAUUUUAUCAUUUAUCAUUUAUAAUACUAGCAUAAUUGACAUUCAAACACUGGAAAGAGUGAAACUUAUUUGAAAGUACCUGUUUAUGGACAAAAAAUGUGCUUAUUAGAAUUAAGUUCUGCUUAAGAUGAGAUAGGAAUUGCGUCAAGAAUGUCGAAAUAGUUCAUUUUGUUUAUAAUCAUUAACCUAUUUUAUCUAUUGUAUUGUUUUGCUCAAGGGUAUUUACCAUUGUCAAUAAGCAUUAUUAACCCAUUAAUUUACAGCAUCGAUUUAAAUGACAUUUGAAAAUAUUGGCCUCGAAUUAUCGAUGAGCGUAACAUAUGUUACUCUUUAAAUCAAAACUGCUCAGUUUUCAUAAUAAUGGUAAAUUGUUUGACUGCUCACAUAAGGCAAAGAUUAAACUUGUUGCCUCCUCAUUGGGCGAAUUGUUCAGAACUUUGUUAAAGUUGAAGACAUGAUCAACAAGGACAUUGAUGUUAACUUUGAAACAUGAACUAUUUGAAUAUGUGCUAUCUUAUUUAAAUAUAAACAAGUUUAUGAAACAGUUGUUUCAAUUCUUCUUAGAUGUAAGUAAAGUAAACAACAAUGACUGUAACAACAUUGUUUACUUGAACAAAGUUCUGAAAUAUCAGCCCAUAGUUUGCUAAUUUUCUUUCAGCCAUACCAAAUCGUUUCUAUGUUUAGCAUUGGGGAUGAAUAGAAUUUGGGCUUCCCAAUCAAAAAACAAAAACAUUUUAUAUGAUCGACGAGCUUGUCGAAUAUAUUUUAAAUUUCCUUUUCCUAUAAAUCUGACUACAGAACACAAGUGUAAACAACAUGUUUCAUAGUUUGUACUAGACAAGUGUUCUUGGCAUUUGAUAUCAAAACAUGAUGCAUUCUGUUAGAUUUCCAUGAUCAACGCACUUAAAUACAAGUUUUAUUCAAACUCAUUUUGCAGUUUAAAUCUAUCUUAUAAUUGAGAAUCGUCCAGAAUGGCCGAAGGAGACUCUGGUGUCUAUAUUCUACAUAUGAUAUCACUCAUUAAGUAUUCAGGGUAUUUCAGGGGCUCAUUCGGGGUUUUUUCAGGAUAGCUAGAUAGGUUUGGCAACAAACAUAACAACAAUUUGGUAUGGUCUAACUAAUAUUGUAUGAGUACAUAAAUUGAACAUUUUAAACAGCUCUUGUUACGUUUCAAUAUGGUCCAAAAUUAAUGGACUUUUGCUGUGACCAGGUAACAAAGGAGAAAAAAAUUUGGCACUUAAUAUAUCUAUUUUUAAAUUGUGUAUUUGAUAUAUUUAACAAAAGUGCUAUAUAUUUAUUCAUAAUAUAUUGGCAAUCAGAAAAGAUAAUCAACUGAGUGUUGUUGAUUUAAUGAACCUAUGUGAGAAUAAUUUCAUUAUUUAUGUUUUAAUUUAUUCAUGUCUUUGCAUAAAUUCAAUUAUUAUUGUUAAUGAAUAUUAUUCUACUUUCAAUUUCUGUUAUUAUAUUUUUUGCUGAAUUGUUUAGCUUGUCUGUUUAUAGAAGAAAAAAGUGGAGGUGUGGUCAUGAUCUUAGUGUCGUUGUCAUCGACAACGUGCAAUAACCUGAACUUUGGCCAUGACUCAAAAAAAAUAUUAAGAUAUUUAAAUGAAACUUGGUGCACAUGUUGUUGGAGACAAUACACACAUGCACAACAUGAUCUUAGUGUCAUUGUCAUCGUCAGUGUGCAAUAAUCUGAACUUUGGCAAAGACUCAAAAAAUAAAUUAAGAUAUUUAAAUGAAGCUUGGUACACAUGUUGGCCAGGACAAUACACACAUGCACAGCUUGGUUCUAAUGUCGUUGUCAUCGUCAGCAUGCAAUAACCUAAACUUUUGCCAUGACUCAAAAAAUGUAUUAAGAUAUUUAAAUGAAACUUGGUACACAUGUUGUCCGAGAUAAUACACACAUGCACAGCAUGGCUUCAAUAACUGUUCAGUUAUGCCACUGUUUUGACUGAAAAAUAACAGAUGAGCGUUGGCAUAUGCUCUGCGGCGCUCUUGCUUGUAUUUGCAUAUGACCUUAACCUUGAUGUCGUUGGCAGUGACAUUGUGUAAGGACUUUAAUCUUUAAAAUAAAAGAUGAUAUAUGAUAUUAAGAUGAAUCGUCGACACAAGUUUUAAGAAUCAAUAUGCCUGGAAACCUUCAUUCUCAUAUGUCUUGAAAACCAUAUUAAUUGCUGUUUGUUUAUUUUUGCCAGUGUUCAAUUUAACAUUUACUGGUUUGUCACUUACUAUCUAGUCAAUUUUAGCCUGUGUUCUAUGUUGAAACUAAAUGUAUGUCGUAUCACAAUCAUUGCAUUAUUUCCAAAGGCCUAAAGAAAAUAUCUGGGUUUAGGGCAACGGUCUCAAAUUUCUAGGCAGGGUAGCGAUAAAGUUUUCUUUCUUUUUUCUUUUUUUAAGUCCAGUCAAAAUAGCAAAGCAAGUCGGGAAUGCUUUCUAUGACAUUUCGGUAUAUUGAGAAUGUAAUAAUUAAUGCUUAGUGUUUUUAAUUAUAAUCAACAUGAAUGGUCAACAAUGAUUAAAAAUUGGAAAUUCAGAUUUUUUAUCAAGGGUCGAAAACAAACUUUUGGGUUGAGGGGUUUUGCCAGGUCGGGUCAGGUUGUUCUAAACACAGUUUAUUAUGUUUUAGGCCAAGUUUAUAUAUCUAUACUUGAAUUUUUAAGGAUUUGAUCAUUAUUAAAAUAGAGAGAUAGCGAAACCCUUUUUGUUGAUAUAUGUGUGUGGAGGGACUACUUUUUCAUUGCCACAUUAUUUUGCAAACAACUUAAAAACAAAGUAAUUAAUGUACAUGUAGCAUAACCUAAAAGAGGCACUUGUAUCCUGUGAAGUUUGAUAAUUACUAGAAUACUCAAUCAUUUUUUUUUUUUUACAAUUGUUCGGAAAUCAACCACUGAUUUCUUUGAACUUACAGAGCGUGGAUUUCGCUUACUCAUUUAUGCUUUCAAAGUUUUUUGAUGAACAUGCAAAAUAAUAUUAUAAAUUUACACUUCAAAAUAAUGAUAAACAUUUUAAUAUUGAAGUGUAUGCAAGUAAAUUAUUGAUUGAUUAUUGUUUAGAUAUAUUCUAUUCAUGUAAAAACUAUUUCUUUGUUAUGGCAAAUAUUUUAUUUCUGUUUUGGGUAAUUUCUUAUUAUUAUGCUGAAAGACUGUGGUCAUUGUGUCUUACAACUUGCAACUUACAUCUUGCUUACAUGGCAAGACAUUUUAAAGGUUCUAAAAUAUCUUAAAUUGAUAAAGCCUAGUUAACUGUGUUAAAAUAUUUUCCAUAAUUCCAUAUACAAUCUUAAUACCAUUCAUAAAUUUUGAAGAUUCAGUAUUUAAAAUGAAAAUGAUUAUAAAAAAAAAUACAUUGAUUUUAAAGCCGCACUCUCACAGAUUUACCAUUUGGAGUAAUUACUUAUUUUUUGUCUUCGAAUGAGUGAAUUUUUGCAUAAAAAUCUAAAAACAAGUGAUAUAAGACUGCUGACUAAAGAUCAGAUCUGAAUUUUUCAUAUUUCCAUUCGAAAACUUACGUUUUAUGGCUAAAAGCAAUGGUAAGGCUUUCAGAAAAAUGCAUUACACACCAUUUAUUUUUAACAUAAAUAUGCAAACUUGCAAUCUGAUUUUUUGUCAGCAGUCUUAUAUCCAUGCAUUUUUCGUAAAAAUUGUCUUGACAAAAAAAAAAAGUUGUCAAAACUUCCAGUCUGUGAGAGUGCAGCUUUAAUUUUUGAAUCUUGCGCAUUUAGUUAUUUUGACAAUAUUUUACUUCACAAUAGCUUUCAUGUUUCUUGAAUUUUUCAUGAAAAGAACUGUAAAAUAAAAUAUGUGAAUCUUAAUAUUUGUUUUCUCGUCUGGGAUAUUGUUAAAUGUUGAUAGAAUAUGGUAAUGUUGUAAAAAUGAUAACUUAGUUUUUUGUCCAAUAUAUAACUUUUAUAAUUGUUAUUUUCAUGUUCAUAAAUUUGUACAAGGUGUUAUCAAUGUUUAAUAUUAAUGAUAUGGUCAUACUUGUAUUAAAAGGUAA